AUGCUUCCUCUGCUGCCGGGGCUCGGGGCUGGCUUCCAGCGGAAGUCCUGGGCCCCCGGUGGGCCGCCUGGUGCCCGCGCUCAGCCCACUUCGGGGUCUCGCACGUGCGGGGCGCGGGGCUCACGUAAGAGGACCCCGGGUCUGGACUUAUGCUCAGGCCCCCGGAAAGGCCGCUGCUGCCUCCACGACGUGCGUUUCCUCAGCUCUUCCCACAUCUGUAUCGGCAGAUGCCCGGGACGUUGUCCUUGGGGCCUUCUGAGGAGAGGCGGGUGCAUGCGCGUCGCCGGCGGGGCUUCCUUCUCCAGGUCCGACUGCGGGCACAGCAGGACCGACGCGAUCCCUGGAGCCCCCCAGUCUCCCUGCUCCAUCGCUGCUCAGCGGCGGCGGGACAGCCCCAGGACGCGCGGGCACGGUCGGACUGGCCGGAAGGUGCCUGCAGACGGCCCCUGUUACUAA